AUGAGCCGAGGAAAGAACCACAUAGGCAAGGAAACAAUUGAGGCCUGGCAUACGGAGAUCUCAUCGGGCCUGGAACUAGGUACGAAUUGAAACGUGUGACAUUAAGAGCAAUUAAUUACAUUGCAUCUUUUCCUACAAACGAGUUUAGUGAAUAGAGCGGGGAUGUGGGAGGGAAGGGAGAGGCGGCUGUAAGUAAGAGUGAGGGUUGGGUAGGGCCGAUUUGCAAGGGGGAAGGAGAGGAGACGGGCGCAGAAACAUGUAUACAGAUAAUCGAUCCUUGCCAUGGUAGACGCGGAGCGUGCCAGAGGUCCUUACGCGCGCACAGAACCAUCCUCUGUAGCCUGAUGGCAAUGCCUUCUGCUAUUGCUAGUUUGCGCUGACCUAGUCACUUGGGACAGUUAGGUGGGGCCUUGCAAAUCACACGGAAGACUUUGUUGAGAUCCACUCGAUGUCCAGAAUCAAACAUGUGUGUAAGCAUGCAGCCGUGUUUAUACUUAGCCUCACCUAUUCUCAGUCAUGCCAAGAGGUGUUCUCGUAUACUUACGGACUGGUGGCGCCCAAUAUAGCUUGUUCCACAGGAGCAAGUAAAUGAGUAAAUGCACGUGGAGGUGGUCUGGGCUAGCAGCCCAUCGUUACCUUCCCUCGUGAGGAUGGAGUUGGUGGAAAACAAUACUUGAACUCUUGUCGCUCGGAGGGUCGGUGAAACGGCUUUGUCAAGCUGCCCUCUCAGGAGUCCACUAGCCACGUCUACUUUAAAGGGGACAGUGAGGAACAGAUUUUUCAUUUCGGCCGUCGGUAUGAUGAGAUUUGUCGGUGAUUUAGCAGGAUUCCCGUUCUUGCGAAUCAGAUGCUAGAUUCUAAGAUGUUUGCUUAGGCUUUCUGCCGAACAUAUUUUUCUAGCCUGGCGGGUUUGUCUAAGGUAUUCGUUUUUGUUUGAAUGACAUACUGUUGAAGAAUAGGCAGCCCGCGAUGAUUUUUGGGAACGCCCUAAAAAGAAAUAAAGAUAAGAAUUCACUUGCCUGGAAAUAUAAUUUCAAUCUGAUAUUUCCAGUAUUGUUUUAAGAUAAGGAAGUGGUUGCAGUUUGCCAAUACAAGUAAAGAGGUGAGUUCCAGGAACUAGUUUAUAAGAAUAAGAAGCGAUCGCUGGAACAUGGGCACUAUUUGCCUGACGUUUCGUAUUCUUACUUGAGACAGUGGCAGGGUGACUCGUGCACAGGAAUUUUCAGUAUUUAUGGAAUGCAGUCGCUAUGCUACUGCAUACCUAUACUAAUUUACCACGCUACCCUUCAUCAAGAAUCGUAGCCCGCUGGUGCGCUAAUUGUUUGAUGGCCGGCAUGCAAGUUGUUAAUUACUGAAAUCUCAUCACCCCUGUUGGAUGCUGGCGUGAUGAUUGCUCGGCCAUUUGGAUCACCGACUUGCGCGCUCCCCCAGUGGUCAAUUAAUUUGGCCAGUCUAUGCCUCAACACGGAAUAUGGAUCGGGGAUGUCGUUGCACUUGUUGAUAGACUGAGGUCCCGUGAACCAUGACUCAAGCAACUCGCGGUUCACGCGAUAUCAUCUCUCGCAAUUAUUGUGGCCUCAUCAAUUUUUAAUGUGUGAUCGGGUCUCGUCGAAUGGGCCGCCACCUGAGAGUUGGCGUCAUUUCUCCGCACCGCUGCGGCGCACUCGGCAGUUCGCAUCCGGAGCAGUCUUCCAGUUUCUCCGACAUAGUUUCUUCUUCUUAUCAAUGUUAACAAAGUCAGUAAGCAACUAUGUUGGCCGAUGCUUUCUAGACAGCACGCACUUGGAACUCCGACAUUUGCAUCGCCGUUCGUAGAUGCCGUCUUGGAGAAGUACAGGUCCAUGGUCAUGCGUAGUUUUGGUGGGUGCUGAUAUGUAGCCCCGUUUAAAAGCACAAUUUAAGCAUGCAUAUGUUGAGGGACAUUAAAGCAUUUGGGCUCAAUGCGAGGUGACAACAUUAUUCAAUUCCAUUAAAGAUUAGUGUGUGCCUCUUCGGAAAUCAAAAUUUGCUGCUCCUUAUAUUUUAAUAACCACAAAGUUAAGGAUAAUGAAGUAAUUUAAAAGUCGUGGAGAGGAUUGCAAAUGGAAGCAUAAGGCAGGUUCAUCGGCUUUGCGAAUGUCUGUGCAAACAGUAAAUGUGAGGGAUAAUAUAAGUUAUUUGGCUGCUGGAACUGAAAAAAACUCAUUGGAAACAUACAAAACAAAAUAUUGCUUAGGGAUUUGGGAAAAAAUUUCAUUUCCCUGGAAAAAAAAAUAUCCGUAAAAAGUUAAAGGAAUAUAUUUCGGGUUGGAAAAUUUCAAGCAAUUCAAAAGUCAUUUUAAGCCUUAUGCAGUUAAACGUCAGUUAUAUAAUGGAUGUUUUCGUUCUCGUGAACAGCUGGCGAAGUGUGUUUUUAAGUGUCAACCUCAUCAAUCCCAAAUGUCGCGCUCAAUGUAUAAUUCAGAAGACGAACAUGAUAUCGAUGAAAGUGUUGUCUGCGUCUGGCCUGUUGCACUCUAAGCGAGCUGCCUCUGUAUCAUUUGUGGUACGUGACCUAUGAUACAGCGUUCGUAGUCGUCAGUCGCAAGCUGGCGGACGGACUGAAUGGGAUCUACUGACAUCCUAACCACAACAGUGAGGGUCACACGCCUACGUGAUAUGUUCUAAUUCUCUGAUAAACAAAAGAAUGCCCACAACACAUAUUUACCAGUAUCUGUUCAAGCGCCCAAUGAGUGCUGAAAGAAUUAACAUCGAAGUUGCUAUUACAAAAAGAUAAAUUUGGACGUUUUGACAGCAAACAGUUGUAAACGUUCUUUUCGGUUAUUAUGAAUUUUAAUUUAUCCGGCGUCACUUGUUAUUGCCGAAGAUUAUCAAGUCAGGCGCAUGUAGAAUUAUAAGUAAUGGGACUGUGAUACUGUUUUCUGAUACAUAAUUUUAUUUGACGCGUAUAACAUGUGCCCUUACAAACCCCCUUCACACCUUGUUGGUCAUAGCUUUCCAAAACAUGCCUGACUAAUGAUAAUUCGAUUUUGAUAAAGACAUUUAAGCCUCGCAUUAUAGAAAAUAGCGUACCAAUCGAGUUGUUGCAGUGAAAUGUCUGGGAAUGACUGACUCAUGCAAUCAAUGUUUGCAAUUUUGCGUUCCCCUCGCAGUCCUUCCUCUUCUCCGCAUGAUGUUUUAUCCCUAUCUCGCAGGCGCGCUCCUGGCACCCGGGAAAAUCCAAGAGUCUGUCUAUUAAAACAGGUCUUCCCACGUCCGACUACCACAAGUGAAGACUGCAUUGAGUGUUCUGAUCGCUGAUAUUGUAUGACAAAGUUCUACGACAGAAUUAUACGCCUUCGAGCAUUAUUACGAAGGAGACGGCCUGCGUGUAUUUCUCCGCUCCGGAAGCUGAAAUAAUAACUGCUUCGUUUUCCAACUUUCAACUUUAAAAGUGGAUGGAUAUUGUCGCCAAUAAAAAAUGCACCUCAAAACGCUACUAUUAAUAACUGAUUGAAAUUGGUUUCCGUCUUCCGCAAAGUUUAUAAUUUGUCGACAUUGCGUUUCACUUUUUGUAAUGAACUAGAGCAAAGUCUAAGGCAAAUAGCAUCCAUAUUCCAUCAUGAUAAAGAUCACUUAACGAAGGUGUUUAUCGAAUUCUUAAGUACUUCCUUCGGAACUUGACGCGUUAAAUAAUUAGGUGAAAUGCGCUAAUCAAAUUGCGUCAAGGUCAAAUAAAUAGUUCACGAAGUGUUUCGUCGUGGAACGGUUCGAAUCUGACGAAUCUGAUUUUCUUGCACGUUUGGAUAUAUGGUGAAAUAAAUUAGAAGAUUUUAAACGUCCACGGUUAGGCGUUCGUCAGCACCAUAAAGGAUGUAUUUGAUUAUAACGACAUCGACAGACUACCAACUCUUAACCUGUUUCCAUUUUCCUAGAGGCAACUACGCGGCAUAUGCAUAUGCUUCAGUCGGCCUUUCUGAAUACCAUUGCGUCGCGGAACUUGACAACUUUGUCAGCGUGAACCCGUCGCGAAAUCUCCAUGAAAGAGUCGUUUUGGUUACCUCUCGUCGUCCAUCAGUAUGAGGUGGCCGCUCCACGUAGUUGUCCCAGCUUAGCGUAUAUGCUGAGGAUUCUCGUCCACCCCAGUGCUUCCGUAUCUGGGAUCCGGUCCUGUCACAUCAGAUUUAGUAUUCUAUAAAGAUAACUGAGGUGCUUCAUGUACACCGUCAACGUCUCUGUUCCAUGCAGCAACAUCCGUAGGACGACGGCCUUGUACUCAGUUCCGUGCUGAGUUUAAGACCGUGACGAUUCAAAACAGUGCCUUGAUGACGAUCGAAUCCUUGACUGGCUUUAGAAAUUGGGAAUCGUCGAUUUAGGUGCUGUGGGAGAGGGUAAUGCGCGAAUAGGUGAAGUUGUCCACCACAUGCAGUUGGGUACAGUUAACGCUGACUUGCGGUUCAUUGAGGGCUGUGUUAGGUGACGGUUUGUGCAUGAUCACAGCCUUUUCAGUGUCGGUGAUCAGGCCGAAACUCUCGCAAUCGGCGGCCCAAAUGCAUAGAUGGGUUUAAAAAGAACGAGGCGUCUGGAAAACAGAGUACGCGAACACAUGCUUGCCUUGAAGAAGGAGACAAGAUCGCCGGGACAAGAGCUUUAUUAGCCUGACGUUUCGGAUUCCUACUCGAAUCCAUCAUCAGAGACACAAGAGCAGACACGGGUCUGCUCUUUUGCCUCCGAUGAUGGAUUCGAGUAGGAAUCCGAAACGUCAGGCUAAUAAAGCUCUUCAAGCUUCUUCAAGACGACUUCCUGGGACUCGGCUCUUCGCUUCUAUUGGCACAUGCCGGCCUGGCUGGCUGGGUUGGGGAGGGGGGAGUUUUGAUCGAUUUCAAGUACAAUUCGUGCAUACCUAAUUGAUACGAGCUACCAAGCCGGCGCUAAUGUGGUCUUUAAAGUUAUCUGCCCGAGGGCCAGAACACUAUUCUAAAGGCCUGUGUAAACUGGUGCCAGCCACAGCUGAAGCAGUGACCAUUCGAUUAGUGAACCCAUCGUUCUGUUGUCCGAUGAGGUUGACACAAGCAGUCUGUCAACCCGGGCGGACUCCAGGUGGUGGUCGCACGUCGGGCCGACACACUCAGAACGGUCACGCGCGCUUACAGCGCUUACGAUCUAAUCGUCACCCCUCUCUCCCUUCACCCCCCUCCUACCCAACUCCACCGGCCUCAACACGCCGACUCUGUCUUGCGGGCGGCGUGGGAACAUGUCGUCUGACCAGCCCUGCCCUGAGACGCAUUUAUAUCCUGUCUACAAUGUAAAAGGUCCUUACACAUGUACAUGUAUUGACUGGUGAUGAGUUACUGAAAACGUAUAUUUACCAAAGGACUUUACAAUCGCAAAGAUGGAAAUUGUCGCAGAAAUUUAUUUUGACUGAAAACUAGACAUUCAGAAAAUGGUCAUACUGGUGAAUAAAAGAGGCAAUCGCUGGAACAAGACGAUAUUCGUCUAAAGUUUCGAACUCGCCCUCCAGCCCAUGAUCAGAGACAAUAACCGAUACGGGUGAAUCGCGCAGAAAAGAAGUUUCAAUGUAUUACAUAUAGCUUACAUAGAGUGUUAUCUCUGUAAGCUAGCUUUGCUUGCGGUCAUGCACUAACGAUAAUUCGCUCGUUCGCUGGCAUGAAUCUGACUCGAUGGUGAUAUCUCCAUCGCCAUUAUUCAGCUUUAAUUCUAGAUGACCGUUUGGUCCAUUCUUGUGUGCAAAGCUACCGCAACGACGGGUUGGAAAGCAAUUUGACAAUGUCUGCUCGGUACUAUUCCGAGUUGCCUGUGAUGUUGUGCUGUAAUUGAAGACGACAUAUUCCAUAAUUGUACAAUUUCCCGACCUUUCAAUAUUCAGUAAAAAGUGGGUAUGACCAACGGUAUCAAGGAUAUGCCCUCUCUUAACGAUUCCGAUUCAUACUUCAAAUUGAGCAUGCACGCGAAAGGUUACAUACCGAAUUGCAUUGGUUGUACUCUUGUCGAGGGAUCUUGUGCGCUCUGACCGUCAAUUUACUCGCGCUUUCGCCUAUGCUAUUUCUUUCUGUCUGAAUGACAGUCCGCUGAAAAAUAAGUAACUUAGAAAACGUAUUAGCAGUCCGGAGAGAAAGAAAGUGAAUAGAAACGCCCAAAACAACGCACCCCUCGAGAAUUCACGGCAGUUUUUCGCUGCCAUAAAAAUUUACUUCUGAAACGUUUAACACUUGUGUUAAUCUAAGGAAUUUCUAACACAUAAAACACGUAGGCAAGCCGAAAAGCUCCAAAACUCCACAAUUGCCUUUAGAAAGUCUACAUUUGUUUCAAUUUUUAUUAGGAUCGUCUGGUAGAAGGAUAGAGGCAUUCGGGCAUGUAAUUUUGAUUUAUGCGAAAUUCAGUCCAGCUUGAAAGUGAAGAUCAGUCAUGAAGCAUAUUGAAUGGUAUUAAGGUCCAAUUGCUCAGUGCAGUUGAGCGCACUGCAUACAUGGACUAAUAGACAGCAAAAAUCUCUUACGAGACAACGAACGAUAAUCCUUCUUUCUCAUAACCACAUAGAGGAAUAUCCAACAAGGUUUGUUAUAGCCGCGGACACAGACACAAUACAGACCAAAACGAUUCGUUAUUGGCUGGGAGAGGUUAUGAGAAAGAAAUGCAAAUUCAAAAUGACCGCUACCAUAUAUGCUGAAAGCACGUUGGCAUAAUGGGUCCCCUUUCUUAAUAGGCAUAUGCAUUAUCAUUUUUCGUCAAAUAUUUCUACACGGCACAUAUGAUCAGUUUGAUCCCAUAAGACAUAAACAGGAUCUUGAAAAAAACAUUGCCUGUGACCAAAACGGACAUGUAAUCGCGCCAACAUGGUGGUCCAUGUGAAACUGACGUUCACAUUCUAGGCCACGCACAGUUGCGUACUUGAUUUAAUUUGAUUUGCGUAAUACAGGCAACCACACAAACCUACGGGGACCAUUCGGAUUGGCCAGAUAUAGCGAGCAAAACAGUCUGAAGUAAACCUAUUUAUAAAGGGAAAAUAGAUGACGCGGGCAUGAGCCAGUCAUUCAUAACAACUAUUUGAACCAGCGACUCGGGAUUUCUAAUGUGUGUAUAACAGCAUUACCUCUGCAAAGGUGAUAGGAACGAUAUGUUGACUUUUGCGGUGCCCAAGAGGUGGUCCCCAUGUGCUUAUUCUGCUCUGUACGGGAAACCAUCUAUGCCUGUGAAGAUUGGCGUCAGAAUUAUUUUAAAUAUGUGAGUCUUUUGCAUGCAGGCCCUGAUUAAGCGAUUGGGCCGAUAAACUGAAUUCCACGGCCGGAUUUACGGUGGUUUGUUUGAAUUAGGCGGGCACAUGCUGUCCUUUCGCUUCCUAGAGAGGAGAAAGCUUACGCGGAGGUUCCAAAUUAGGACGGUCUUUGCAGCCCACGUGUUAGUUACGUCCAAAAAUCUCGGUAUGCAAUGGUAGACACGCAGAAAACUUCUUCUAGGAGAGACGCUUAGAGCGCCUUUAAGGGCAAAACACCGCGCUUUCACAAUAAAUUGAGCUAAAUGUACAGUGAGUGACCGAUUUCAUGAAAUGUUGACCCACAUUCGGAAAUAUGUUUUUGAUUAGGAAGGAUCACUGAGGUACAGUUACAAGAUUGACUAUCAUGAGGCAUAAUCCUAUAAUGUUCCAGACUCGCCAGGAUGUCUGCUUUUGAAUACAUUUAUUUUUUGAUCUCCUGCAGAAACUGCGCUUGGUAAGAAAUGGCUAGUUAUGUAGCAUGCAUUUUUCACAGCCAUUUUUGAUGGUCUUGCAAAUGCAAUUGUAUUUUAUAGAAAACAUGCACAAAAUAUGCUUUCUUUAACUCCUUUGGUAGAAAAUCGAGUCGACUUCACAUUUGAUGCACGAAGAAGGAGUAUAUUUUGAUUUAAAAAAAGUUUCUCAUUAUGAGAUUUUAAGUCCGUGCAAUGUAUAUUCAUACAGCAUCGCACAUGUCCGUUUGCCCAUGUUCAUCAUAAAAUCUACAAUAUAGUCCGCAUCUCUCACAGUAUUUUGCGAACUGUGCAGAACAUCUUUUAAAUACAUGCAGCUUGACGACUGAAAUAUCUAAAUGCUAAUGCAACGGCUCGUCUCGCCCAAACUUUUUGGGUAAUUGGGAAACGCUUUAAGGAUCUAAAUAUACGCUUUCUUCGGGUAUGCAAUGUAAAGAAAAUGUUAUUUUUUACAAACCAAGCAAAACAAAGUAUACUUUGUGCAUGUCUUCUAUGAACUAUACUUGAACAAUCAAAAAUAAUUGUGAAAAAUCUAUGCUACAAAUGUUGUCAUUUUACACCGAUGACGGUUUCGGCAGGAGAUUGGAAAGAAAUGCAUUCAAAAGCUGACAUCCUGAUGUGGCCAAAACAUUGUAGGAUUAUGCCGCAUGAUAGCCAAUACUGUAACCGUUCUUCCUAAUCGAAAAUGUUUUUCCGAAUUUCGGUCAACAUUUCACGAGAUCGGCAAAUCAGGCAAGUUCGUCUGACUUUAUUUAGCCGAGUGAGCAUCAUGAAUGGCGUUGGUUGUUGGUCAGGUCUGUAAAAUGAUCCGUGACUAAGGUUUAAAUUUUACUAAAGUCCGCGUGCUACUUUCUGCAAAAGGACAAAUUCGCUUUUCACAUAGUUAAGUGCAGAUGAGAUUGUUAAUUAAACCUCGGUACCCAUCUACUUAUUCAGCAGUAUAAGGAAGUGACAUUGUGAUAUCCUGCAGAACGCGUUUAUGAGACGGAUGCCUCGAAGAAAACGACGCAUUUACAGAGAAAUGGAAAUAAAUAAUAAAUAGGUAACGAACAAUUUUGCUAUCUUGAAGCUGUCAGGUUUAAUUGCGCUACCAAAAUUUCCCUUACAGUUGCCAACGAAAUCAGCCAAUCAUCUUAAUUUUGAGGCGAUUAACCAACUAGAUACCAGUGUAAGCCAAAACUGGUCUAUAUAAACAGCAUAGGAUUGACCAAAAACAUACUGGAUCCGUGAGUCUUUUCCGAUAUGCCGAUGCUUCCGCGGUUUAUCAUGCUUCAGACAUUUAUGCUGCAGGUCAUUGUCGCUUUUGGCAAGUUUUGCGAUCACUUUGCGAUUCCUCUGAGAUUUAAUCAUAUUGUAAAUUUUGGUUGAAGCUGAAUGAACAUCUGUAACUCCGUCCAAGAAACUGUCUGAAACAUUUUCGGUUCAUGAUAAGCCUACGAUAAAUCUAAAUAAUCCGGCCUUUUUGAUUGUCAACAUUUCGGUGUGGUUUAAUCACCCUUACUUUUAGCACAAGAGGACGAAUCACCAUCCUAUGAUCUGUGCAAAAUGGACAAUAAAGAAUGCAGACUUUUGGAGUACAGAGCGGAAGAUACAACCAAGGGCAAAGGCUGUCGUGACGCGUGUGGAAAGCAACGAGGUUUGCACUAUCUAACUGCCUUUUCUUCUACUUUGACUCCAAAUAAGGCUGCUUAUUCUUUAAUUAUUCAAAAGACUCCUGUUCAACGUCGUUGAUAUUGCGAGUGACAAAGUCCUCCUUGUCCUUAGGGGAUCUAAGCGAGAAGAUGACAGUAUACUUCUGCGAAGAACGUCACAAGCCUUGCAAGCCAUACGAAGUUUACGGACGAAAAGGGUACGCGAAGAACUUUGAGAGACACGCCAUGUGUUUCCAAACAUGUCACUUUGUCGGGAAAGGUAAACUGGCUCCUUUUUUCCUUCAGUCCUUCGUGUGGUUUCCUCCUGCUACCCUUCCACGCCUUCUUCAGCGUUGCUGAGGAUGCCUCUGCAUAAGCUGCACCUUUUAAUCUAAAUAAGGGACAGUCAGUACUUGUAUGCAAAUGCUUUUUUUGAUUUUUAGUUGAACACAGCUCUGACGAUCACUUCGAAAUGUGUUCGGAAAACAUGGAUAAAUGUAUUGAUAUAAAGCGGAUAAAUGGGACCUUUGAUGUUUUCAGUAAAUGCGCCUUUAAAUGCGAUGGUUGGCCAAAACGUAAGUUAAUAUAAUUUCAGUGAAGAUUUCCACGGCAAGUCACACACAACGCCUUGUCGUUGUUACAGACGGUUUUUUUGCUUUAAGUGAAAAACACUUUGGAGGACUCGGCAGUCUUCUGUCCCAACGAAGGCGCUUGUGCAACCGCGAAAUACUUCAGACGUCCAAAAGCUAGAAAUGCGUUCGCUGGUCUGAAAAAAUGCCUCAAAAACUGCAUGGCAGGUGAUAUCAGAUAUUCAGUUUUAAAAAGCACACUAUAUAUAAUGGCUUCGUGUGGAACUGGAAUGAUGCACAUUAUUGAACGGCAAUCCUUACAGAAUGAUAAACAAUUGUGUAACUCGUAUAGAAUACCCGUAUUUAUUAGCUUCGCGAAAUUCAGAUUAUAACAUUGAUUACUUUGGAUUGUAGGGAGACAAAACAUACUGACGUGUGUUCAAGUAUUAAACCUCUACAGAAAGCUGUGCCUUAAUCGAGUAUUCACUCGUUCAUACACACAUAUUUCGUAGAUAUAUGUGGAAUAUAUCAUACUCAUCGCUCCAUAAUAUGCGCAGUACAUGUCUUCAAAUGUUGCCUGAAUGUUUUGGUAGCAUUCCCUUUACACUGUUAAUGACCGUGAAAUUUACAUGUAUAUCCACCAAAUAGCUAAUGCAAUAUUUUUUUCAUUCUAGAAUAA